UGACGCUCUUGUGGCGCCAGUUUGUAGGAAUGACGUUUGAUGGGGCAAUGAAGCGGCUCUUCGUCGACAAUCGAAAAUUUUGCCUGACAGAGCGAAAACUUGAACAAGGAAAAGCUUUUAAGUACAACUUUUCUUGAAAUGUAUACUAUAAAAAUAUGUAGUUGUCACGUUUAUAGUUGUAGGCUGAUGUUGCUGUUGCUGACGUAGUAAAAAUCUCCACUUGAAAAUACGAGAAAAGAUGAAGGCCGCAUCCCCUUUCGUCCAGGUGAUCGCAAAAUCCUGGUGGAUAGGUGUCCUAGUCGGAGAACAUGCUUGGGCCUCCUCACGGCUGGUAAAAGUCAUCGCGCUGGCGCGACACGGAAACCGCACACCGAACGCGCAAGUUGUGGAAGUGUGCCCGAAAGCGAGUGAAGGAAUCUUUUAUGGCUUGAUAUGACGGAUCAACAGGAACAGUCGGGAAAAUACUGACAAUCCAACAACAAGCUAGACUAGCGGGUAGAAUUCGCCAGGGAAAUCCUAGGCAGAUAGCCGAGUAGACUCGUGCCAUCCUGACGCGUAAUAUACAGUACUAGCCGUAUGUGGCUAGUACGCAUGACAGUCCUGGCCGUCUGCUUGGCGUACUCCGUUCGGAUCUAAAACGCAAAAGAGUUCCGAACGGAGUACGCCAAGCAGUCGGCGGCCCUCUCGCGCGUUGGCAUGUCAGAAUGUGGUCAGGCAGGCCGGUUUCUCCGUGAACGCUAUAUGCAGGACGAGACAUCCUCUGAAGGGUCCUCGGAGACGAAAAUUCUUCCGGGUGGACCCUUUAUCGACACCGAGCGCUCAUUCUUUUUCUCCGAGCGCAUGGACCGCAACGUAGUUUCGCUGAUUUCCUUGACUCAAGGCCUUUAUCCUCUAGGGACAGGCGUGGACGGUUUCUCCGCUGCGAAUCCUAAUUACGUGCCUAUUCUGACGGCAGAGCCGUUUCGAGACACAACCAUGAACCUACCCAGAGAUGGACCCUGCAAACCUCGCUAUAUUAGGAAUACUGUUAGUAUUGGAGUAAGUACAAGUGCUGCUAGAUCAUGUGUAGAACUAGUAGAAUUACACAGGCUCACCGUAAUCCAUCUUCUGAAGCAUCUCCGAGACGUUUUCAAGGGGGAAAGGGUCUCAGGAUGGGCUUCGGGAUGGAUCAGGGUGACCUCUACUAACGCUAGAAGUACAGUGCUGUCUAGCCAGAAGCAGGCUCAUUCAUGGGAUGAGCAGGACUUUACGUCUUUCUCCUUCAUGGGGAUGAAGGUCUAGUGGAGACACUACUUUAAGAAUGAGAAAAAUUGAUUUUGAAAAAAGAUUUAUCAUUCUUUCACUGCGAAAAUAUUUUAUUAUACCUGUUAUCUGCUUGACUAUGAGCUUUCAUCUUACGUCGAGACAAGAAGGCAUACGCGAAAAAGUUGGGACGGAAGUUGGAGACGGAGGCGGACAGUCCUGAAAGGGACAUGCUGACCAAAUUUGGAGCAGUAUGCGGCUUCGAUUUUCUCAAGAUGCGACCCUCAGAAGGAGAGCAGAAAGAAGCUGGGGAUGAGGACAAAGCAGUACACAAGCCUACAGUUAAGUGUUGUAGCAUAUUGCUAUUGCUUCUUUCACAGGGUGGAAAAGCAUCCUUGACUCUUUUUUCAGUAAGUAGAAAAAAGUCAAGGAUGUUGUUGUUGAUAUUCUGAGGAACGCAUACGCAAUACCGCUAUACAACCACAACUUCUUCUAAUGCAGCAUGGGCGUUGAAGGCCGCAGCCGACAUGUUCAAUUUUGCGAAUAAUGAAGGAAUCAAUAUCACCGACUACUUCGAGGCUGCGAAUCAGCCCGUUUCGCUGUUUGAGCAGGUGAAAUCUCUGUCGACUGACUUCACGCGUGAAGAGCGAUUCGGCAAGCCUCAGCAACUGGUGUAUUGGCUAGGUGAUUUCUUUGCGCGCGUGCUUCGUCCUAACCUCUCUGCUCCGGAAAAAAGCAAACGAAGAGAAACUUUCAGGUACAUAAAAAUGAUAAUAGAAUAGGAACUUCUUGCUGUACUAGUACUAGCACGUGGUAGUUGUUCCCUUCGUUUCAGCUAGUUCGUUGUAGCGAGUCCGUUGUAGCAACCCCGGAUGCAGUUCACACUUGUGAUAGAUUUGAUCAAUACUUUUUCUUCCCGUCUGUACAGUCUUCCCGGUGUCUCCCUGAAGUCGAAGUUUCCUUGGUCGCUGACCCCCGAAGAGUUCUUUGACCACCAAAAGUUGCUCGUUUUUAUUAAGGCCUCCUCCCACGACAUUGCAUUCUACACGACUUGCAUCUUUGUCCACUCUUUCUACAGAGAAAAUACAGAAGUGCUGCAGUGAUGAAGAUGUUCUAAACCAGCAGUAAUCAAUGCGAUGCUGGAUCAAUGCAAAGGAACCUCUAAUUAUAUGAACCAUCGUGAGUUUUUGGUAGCUCUGUGCACAGUCUUGGGAAUCGAUUGGGGUGCUAAGAAAGCCCUGGCUCCAGGGGCGAUGCUCGUGCUCGAACUCCACGAAGACGAAGGCGAUUAUUUUGUCAAGUUUUUAUGUUGGCCUCACAAGUAAGUAGACACUAACAGCUACUUACACAAGAGGUACCAUGACCUGACAUGUAGACGCACUUUUUUGUUUUACACAAAGAACAAAUUGGUAUUUUCACAUCAUGCUGGUACAAGACCUUCCUUCUUUUUCGUAUGAACAGACCUCGCAAGAGCAAGAAAUAUAAUUAUUGAUUCUUGAAUCUUUUUCGUUGUCUUCCGCUCGCUCAGAAAUUUCGGCCUUGCUUCGCUCGGCCAGAAGUCUUUGGUCUAACUUACCUGGCCUGGUCGCCAUCGAAACCGGCUUUCGCGGAUAAAGCUGAGUACCACAAGGAGAAGCGUCCAGUCUCGGAGCUUUUCGCAAGCGGACCCGCGGGGGAUGCGCAUGAGGUCUUUCCUACAGCCUGUCGCGGAAGUAUUCCAGGACACUGGUGCAGACUGGAGAUAUGGCUUCACAUAUUUUUGACAUGACUUGUGUUUCUAGAACGUUUCUAGAUAUGAUCAUGUCGAUCUCGAUACCGCCACGUUUCUAGAUAUUAUAUCGAUCCGAUUUAAUUUAUAAACGUUUCUAGAUAUGAUCAUCAUCAUGUCGAUCUCGAUGCUCAUACGACUAAGUGAAGAUCGUCUACUAAAUAGCGUCCUCCUCUAAUAGCCGAAGUGUUUGCGGCCUAUGACGAGCUUGUGAAUUCCGUGGGAACCUGGCAGGAGGUGUGCCAUCUUGACCACCGCGAGCAGCGAUCAUCCUCAUUCUUUGGCCUCUUUGGGACACCUUCUAGUACUUUAGCCAGCUUGCCGAGUGUUGACGAACAAGAGCGCUUCAACACGUUGAAUCUCAUUGCCGAAGAUCCUUCUCCACUAGGAGGCAUUUAUUCAGGUUCAUAUCAUGGGAUGUACGACAACGGCGAUCAGCUGUUAAAAACCUCAAAAGAUCAUACUACCUACAAUAAUUUUGCUGUAACAGGAAACUGGGUAGUGCUUCUACUGCUGGCUGCUGUUGGUGCUGCGUCGAUUUUUUCGCGACUGGUCGACAGCGCUUGCCGCGUGAUGACGACCCUUCAGGCUCGCCGUGACGCGCUUGCACACUACAGCUUAAUGAACAACUGAGGACUAGAUCUAGAGUGCUACAUAUGAACGCUCUUUCAUUCGAAUACAUUGUGAAACAACUACAGUCAACCAGUCACAGUUGAAAAUCUUGGUUCACCAACACGAGCAAGAUGUCAUUGAAUCAUUGAGGGUUCACCAUCUUUCCUUGUCCUCGCAAGCGACUGUCAUCAACACAGUCACGAUCUUCAUGUCGACAGAAUUUCAACGCAAACAAGUAAUACUUCCUGUCUGCAAGUCGUCGUGUAAGAAAUCUGAAUGGUACAUGCCCUUGACGAGAAUCGGAACGAAUUUAGUGUUUGUAGAUGCAAGCUGCACGUAUAAUAGGCAGGACGACAACAAGAG